AUGGCCGCUCCCGCCAAACAGGAUGUGAUCGCGGUGAAGAAGGGGCGUGUGGUUUUAGACCAUGGUUUGCCGGACGAGCUAAAAUCCAGCUGCCAUGUCCUAGAAAUUGGAGAUACCAUCUACGAUGCAAUGCUCAAUCAGACCAACAUUUCCAGCAACAACAACAAGUACUACGCGAUGCAAGUCUUAGAGUCUGAUGAUCGAACUGCGUACUAUACGUUUGCGCGAUGGGGUAGAGUCGGCUCAAGCGCAUCCAAUCUGAGCAAGCACGACACGACAGAGCCAGCAGUGCGAGAGUUCGAGCGUAAGUUUCUGGACAAGACGAAGAACCACUGGAGCAACCGGCACAACUUUGUGUCUCAACCUGGGAAGUAUACUUUGCUGGAGAUGGACUACGAAGACUCUUCCGAAAGCAAGGAUGUCGCCGAGAGUAACACUUCUACAAAACUGGACGCUCGUGUUCACAGGCUGAUUUCACUUGUUUGCGACUUGAAUAUGAUGAAACAGGAGAUGACUGAGAUCGGAUACAACGCCCAAAAGAUGCCCCUCGGCAAACUCAGCAAAGCUACAAUCCUUAAGGGUUAUGAAGCUUUGAAGAAGAUUGCAGCACAGCUAGAACUGAGCUCUCCAGAUGCAGAACUGUUGCGGCAACUAAGCAAUGAAUUCUACACGAUUAUUCCACAUAACUUUGGGCACCGAUCCAUAAGAGACCAAACAAUCCGCACGAAGGAGCAGCUCAAGUCGAAGCUGGAAAUGGUUGAGGCACUCGGUGAGAUUCAAGUUGCAACGAAGAUCCUCAAGAGUGGGAACGAGGAUGAUCCCGCAUACGCACAGUACAAACGUCUCAAAUGCGAGCUGGACCCUCUCAAUACUGACACCGAAGAAUAUGAAAUGAUCGAAAGCUACUUGAUGAACACCCACGGCCAUACUCAUUCCGGAUACAAGCUCGAAAUUUGCCAGGCCUUCAAAGUCAGCAGAGCUGGAGAAGAUGAACGCUUUCAGCCAUUCAAAGACAACCACAAUCGGAUGUUACUGUGGCAUGGCUCGAGGCUGAGCAACUGGACCGGCAUACUCUCCCAAGGACUCCGAAUCGCUCCGCCUGAAGCACCAUCCACGGGCUACAUGUUUGGGAAAGGCGUUUACUUUGCGGACAUGGUCUCCAAGAGUGCCAAUUACUGCAAUGCUAGCGCGAGUAAAAACGCGGCAGUAAUGCUUCUGUGCGAGGUUGCUCUUGGUGACAUGAACGAGCUGCUACACUGGAACUACAAUGCUAGUGCGCUUCCACCAGGGAAACUGAGCACCAAGGGCCUCGGGAGGACAGUACCUCACAAGAGCGAGUUUAAGCAACUUUCAGACGGCUUGAUAGUACCAAUGGGGAAACCUUUAACUUCGGGUGCUUACCAUCAGGGAAGCUUGGAGUACAACGAGUACAUCGUUUAUAACACGGCGCAGGUCAGAAUGCGCUAUUUGCUACAAGUAAGCGAAGGGGAAGCGAUAACCAUCGUUCGCAUGCCCGAGGCACAGUGGACUGUUCACAGAGGCUCUAAGAAAGACGAUCCGGAUGGUCCUUUCUCAAGCAGAUGGGAAGAUGACGAGUUCUCGGUGAAUCGCAAGAGGCCCAUAGAAAUUUUCUCUGGAAAGGGACAUGAGGCUCUGGUCGCUGGUGGAGGUGCGUUUAGUGUCAUCUUUGCAAGCAAGAACGAGGCAGGGAAUUUAUCGAGGAGUAGUGGAUCGUCUGGCAAGGGAAAGCAUGGCCAUGGAGUAAGUAAUGUAAUCUUGGUAUAUGUUCUACCACCUUACAAACAACGUCGAGUGCGGACAACCAAGGAAACAUAUGAAGUUCUCUCGCUUGGAGUGAUGAAGUAUGACGAAGCUUGGAGGCUUUCCUUCGCGGCUGCAUUGGAGCUGUACAGCUGCAAGCUCGUUGCGAACUCCACCGAGCUCACGGCCAACGGGUCGAGGCUGUCGGGCCGUCAACCUAAUUUGACCACCUUGUAG